AUGUCUUCCAGUCAACAAAACAGAAACAAAAAGCCUGACGCUGAGGCUAUAGCUGAUGAUGAACGUCAAUAUGCUCAUAGCACCAUUAGUAAAGAGGAGCUUAACGACAAAUAUCCAAAUCGUCCUCAUAAUCAUGGAAAAACAUUAGCAUUCCAUGAAUUGUUUCAAUCACUCUUCGAUCCUCUUGAAGCCAACAAGAAUAAAAAGCCAGGUCCAGCGACUGCGCGCAAAAAAUUAGGACCACAUGGACCUAACAAUCUUUCUCCUAAUGAAAUACGAAGAAACAUUAUCAUCCGAUUUAUGUCGCGAUGGCGCGACCAAGUAGGCGAUGAUUUCUUUCCCGCUUUACGCUUGAUCAUCCCGGAGAAAGAUCGCGAUAGAGCUAUGUAUGGACUAAAAGAAGCUUCGCUUGCCAAACUCAUUAUCAAGCUUUUGAAUCUGUCUAAAGAUUCGGAUGAUGGGUAUAAUCUUAUGAAUUGGAAACUUCCGGCGCGAGGUCCUCCGAGUGCCAAUUCGGGGGAUUUUCCGGUUAAUGAGAUGCUUGACAAACUUGCUUUGGCGCAAAAAGAAGGAAAUCAAUUGCCGAUUUUUCGGGAAUUUUAUCAGAGGAUGAAUCCGGCUGAGUUGGUUUGGUUAAUUCGAAUGAUCCUUCGACAGAUGAAAAUUGGAGCUUCGGAAAAGACGUUUCUUAAUCUUUGGCAUCCAGAUGGAGAGGCGCUUUUUAAUGUCUCUUCUAGUCUCCGUAGAGUUUGUUGGGAACUCACAGAUCCUAAUGUUACUUUAAAAGCUGACGAGACAGGUGUCGAAUUGGGAUCGUGCUUUCAACCUCAACUUGCACAAUUUAUGGCACCUUCAUUUGAUAAAAUGGUUGAAAAAAUGUGUCCUCAAGAUACCAAGGGCAAGAAUAACGAGAUUGAAUUUUGGAUUGAAGAGAAAUUAGACGGCGAAAGAAUCCAAAUGCACAUGGAAGAAAAUGAUGAUGUGCCAGGAGGUCGCCGAUUCACAUGGUGGUCUCGAAAAGGCAAAGAUUAUACAUAUCUCUAUGGAAAUAGCUUCGAAGACGAUAAUGCAGCACUAACAAGACAUAUGAAAAAGGCUUUCGAUCCAAGAGUAACAAGUAUUAUAUUAGAUGGAGAGAUGAUCACAUGGGAUCCCAUUACGAAUAAGAUAGUGGCAUUUGGUACUUUGAAGACAGCCGCGAUAUCAGGAGGGAAAGAUCCAUUCUCGGCUACAGCUGCUAGGCCAGUAUUCAAAGUCUUCGACUGCUUGUACUUGAAUGGUGAUAAUAUCACAAAACACACUUUGAGGGAUAGGCGAAACGCAUUGGAGGCAGCGGUUCACAACGUUGAAGGACGAAUUGAAAAACAUGAUUUCAAGCCCGCCAAAUCAGCUUCUGAAAUUGAUCCUGCUUUGCGGAAAAUCGUGGCUGAGGGCUCUGAAGGACUGGUUUUGAAGAAUCCACGCUCAAUGUAUCGACUAAACAGUCGAAAUGAUGAUUGGAUGAAAGUCAAGCCUGAAUACAUGACUGGAUUUGGAGAAUCUUUGGAUUGUAUAAUCAUUGGUGGAUAUUAUGGAUCAGGUCAUCGGGGAGGAAAUUUAUCAUCAUUCCUAUGCGGUUUGCGUGUUAACGAGAAACAAAUCAAAACUGGUAUGAUUGCUCCCCUUUCUCCAAUCGACAAACAAAAACUAAAUCACAGAACAGGAGCAAAUCCCAUGAAAUGUUUUUCUUUCUUCAGAGUUGGCGGUGGAUUUAAUGCAGAUGACUAUGCCGCUAUCCGUCAUCAAACCGACGGAAAAUGGCACAAAUGGGACAUCAAAUCCCCACCUACAGAAUUCAUAGAACUAGCCGGCUCUCAUCAAGAGAAAGAACGACCAGAUGUAUGGAUCAAAGCAGAUGAUUCCAUCGUUGUAGAAGUCAAAGCUGCAUCAGUAGGCAUAUCCGACUCUUUCCGCACGAAUUACACAUUACGAUUUCCGCGUUUCAAGCGGUUACGUCCAGAUAAAGAUUGGAAGAGUGCACUUUCAAUUGAAGAAUUCAUGGAGCUAAAAGCUAAAGUUGAGGAGGGGAAAGAAGACGAAUUCAAAGUCGAUAAGAAGAAAAGAAGUUCGAAGCGAGUCAAGAGAGAACAUAUUAUCGCCGGCACAGAAAAUGUCGGGAAAACAGAAUACGUGGGGCCAAACACGGAUGUAUUUAAAGGACUCAGUUUCUGCGUGUUAAGCGAGAUGAUUCAUCCUUAUAAGAAAUCUAAAGUGGAAAUUGAAAAAAUCAUCAAGGAAAAUGGUGGAAAUAUCUUUCAAUCUCCUACCGCAAAAGAAGACAUAAUCGUCAUAGCCGAUAAACGCGUUGUUAAAGUCGCCGCUCUGAUGAACGCCAAGAAAACUAGUAUCGUAAAACCACAAUGGGUGUUACACGCCGUUACGCAAAGAGAAUCAGAUGCCACACAGGGGAGAACAUCUCGAUUUAUAAUCCCCUUCGAGAUGAUGCACAUGCUAUACUGCAGGGACGAAGACAAAGAGGAAAUCGAGGCAAACUCAGAUGAACACGGUGAUCCAUAUUACCGGGACGUGGGACCUUUGGAAUACCAAGGAAUCAUAGAAAACAUAGCUAGAGUCGAAGAUAAAACUCCCACGCAAUAUCUACAAGAUAUGCUGGUGAAACAAGGCAUCGAUAUGACGGAAUUCAAGGGGAGUAUGUUUUGGGGCUGCAAGGCAAUUUUUGUAGUUGGGGAAUUAAUGACGUUCGAUAUGGAUAUGGAUGUGCGGAUCGAAUUUGAACAUUUCCGGAUUGCGAGCGGGAAGAUUGUAGAGGGAGAGGAAGUCGAUGUCGAUAUCGAUAUCAAAAGAAAAGUUAUGGAAGAAGGCAUUACGCAUAUUUUCUUUUCAGACGAUAAACAAGAGCGGCGACUAGGGGAAAUAAAAAAAGAACUUGGUGCUUGCUCACCGUUUCUUCUGAGCUGGAGAUGGAUUCGUGAUUCUUGGAAAAAUGAGAAGAAAGUGGAUGAGGGCCCGUAUUUGGUUUAA